CGACCACGAGUUUCGCGAGCAGAGCGGCAGCUCACCAAGCAGGCUCGCCAUCUUCGGCGAUGAGUUCCCGCGUCGCCGGAUCCGUCCUCCUCCGCCACCUGGGCCCGCGCGUCUUCGGGCCGACCACUCAGGCUGCGCAGAGGACCCUGCUUGCCGGAGGGGAAGGGGGCGCCGUGGCCAUGUGGGCGUGGCCGCUGUCCACCUCCGCCGCCGAGGCGGCGAGGGAGGAGGCGGCCGCGUCCAAGGACAACGUGGCGAGCACCGCCGCCGCGACGGCCGAGGCGAUGCAGGCCGCGAAGGCCGAGGCGGUGCAGGCCGCCAAGGAGGGGGGCAAGAGCCCGGCGAGCAGCUACUGGGGCAUCGUGCCUGCCAAGCUGGUGAACAAGGACGGCGCCGAGUGGAAGUGGUCUUGCUUCAGGCCGUGGGAGGCGUACACGUCGGACACGACGAUCGAUCUCACCAAGCACCACAAGCCCAAGGUGCUGCUCGACAAGAUCGCCUACUGGACCGUCAAGUCGCUGCGCGUGCCCACCGACAUCUUCUUCCAGAGGAGGUACGGGUGCCGGGCGAUGAUGCUGGAGACGGUGGCGGCGGUGCCGGGGAUGGUGGGCGGGAUGCUGCUGCACCUGCGGUCGCUGCGGCGGUUCGAGCAGAGCGGCGGCUGGAUCCGGGCGCUGCUGGAGGAGGCGGAGAACGAGCGGAUGCACCUGAUGACCUUCAUGGAGGUGGCCAACCCCAAGUGGUACGAGCGCGCGCUGGUGCUGGCGGUGCAGGGCGUCUUCUUCAACGCCUACUUCCUGGGCUACAUCGUGUCCCCCAAGUUCGCGCACCGCGUCGUCGGCUACCUGGAGGAGGAGGCCAUCCACUCCUACACCGAGUUCCUCCGCGACCUGGAGGACGGCAGGAUCGAGAACGUCCCCGCCCCGCGUAUCGCCAUCGACUACUGGCGCCUCCCGCCCGACGCCAGGCUCAAGGACGUCGUCACCGUCGUGCGCGCCGACGAGGCGCACCACCGCGACGUCAACCACUUCGCCGCGGACAUCCAUUUCCAGGGGCUGGAGCUCAACAAGACGCCUGCCCCGCUAGGAUAUCACUGACGGAUGAAUGCCCAGACCGCCUAGCUCUGCCCUUGUCAGUGAAGAACAAAAGUUGUUGCUAAUAUAUAUAUGUGUGUCGGAUAGGUAAGAUAGUGAUGCUUGUGUGAGAAAUAAAACGGCCGUUUGUCACGAGAGCUCCAAGAUUUCUCGAGGAACCAAUGUACACGUCCCAACUCUUACAGCUUACAGCAACGAGUAGCUAGCUAGCUAUUCGAUUAGCUAGCGAUGAACGGUGGGGCACUAGGCUUGUAGUGGAAGUUGCUUCGGUUAGCAAAGGAUGUACUGUAUGUGCUGGCAUUCUGCUUCAGAAUUCAGAAGUGCACUUUCAGUUGCAGGCUUGGAAAUAUGAAUUUUCACUUGCUCC